CUCAUUCUUUCGUUCUUUCACACUUAUACUCAUUCUUUCUAGCGCAGCUUUCCUCUCUGGUAAUCCUUCCAGGUCUUAUAGAUCGCGGUGCUCUUGAAUUUUGCUAUAUCAUCCCAAGAGCAGAGGCACACGGGGAUCCUACAGCAAGUUCUUUAACUUGCAAUGGCGCCGCGCGCGGAUUUCGCUGCGCUCCGGGCGUCGCCGGCCGACGUGCGGGUCGUCACGUCCGACGGGAGCAGCAUCCCGGCGCAUUCCUCAGUUCUUGCCGCGGCAUCGCCGGUGCUGGAGCGGAUGAUCGUAGGCGCGCGGCGCGGGUGGGACGCCGACCGCACCGUCGUCCGCGUCCUCGGCGCGCCGUCCGACGCCGUCGCCGCCUUCCUCCACUUCCUCUACUGCUGCCCCGAUCCCAGCAGGGAGAAGGCGGCGGCGGCCGAAGAUUGGGCGGAGGACGCGUUGGGCGCGCACGGGGCGGCGCUGCUGGCGCUGGCGCACGCGUACCGCGUCCCGUGGCUGAAGCGGCGCGUGGAGGCGGCGGUGGCGGCGCGGCUGACCGCGGAGCGCGCGGUGGACGCGCUGAAGCUGGCGGCGCUCUGCGACGCGCCGCGGCUGCACCUGGCGUGCGCGCGCCUCGCGGCCAAGGACCUGGCCGCCGUCCAGCGAUCCGAGGGGUGGCGGUUCGCCGGCCGCCACGACGCCGGGCUCCAGCUCGAGCUGCUCCAGCUCCUCCACGACGCCGACCAGAGAAAGGAGAGGUGGGAGAGGGAGCGCGCGUCCCAGCACGUGUACCGGCAGCUCAGCGACGCCAUGGUCCUCCUGGAUCACAUCUUCGCCGCCGCCGACGGCGCCUGCGAAGCGUGCAAAGAAGCCUCGCCGUGCGAGGACGGCGUGCGCCGGGGCCUCGAGCAGCUCAUGCGGCACUUCGCCGCGUGCGGCGGCCGGAACAGGAAGCCCGCCGCCUGCCAGCGCUGCCGGCGCGCGUUCCAGCUCCUCCGGCUCCACGCCUCCGUCUGCGAACGCGCCGGCGGCGAGCCUUGCAGGGUUCCCUUGUGCAGCAACCUCAAGGCCAAGAUGCAGGAAGAGGGAGUUGACAAGACAUGGAAGCUUCUGGUGAAAAAAGUAACCAGAGCUAGGGUGAUGCCUGCGUUGGCCAGCAGGGAGGUACCAGAGGCUGUGAAGAAGUCAUGGGCGAAAUACAGCAGCCGUAGAGCUGGUAGAUUCAGAUAAAAAGGGAAGAAGAUGGAGGAAACAGUUCUGCAGAUAGCCAACGCAAAUCUUGUUUUACAUUGUAUGCUUUGGCACUUUGGCAGUAUUCCUUCUAUAGUUCUUUUGGGAGGAAUACUGAAAUUACACACCUGCAUCUACGCGUGGCCAAAGAAGCCCGAUGCCUACAAUAUUAGUAUGUGGCAUCCUUGUGAGUUGUGACAGUGUCGGAGUCGGGAUGGCGCCAAAGUUCAACCUGUACCCAAGAAUACAUUCAUAUUCAUUCACUAAUUCCAAAUCGUCCCGUAA